GAGAGCUGUCCCCAUGAGAACAUCGAGAAGAGGAAAGAUUAAAUCAUGGCUUCUGGGAUUCUCUGAUUUGUUCUGCAGCUUUUCUGUAUGAGUUUUUUGAAGUAAAAACAGAGCUGGUGGAGGUGCGGGGACUGAGUGCUGGAGUUAUGGGUUGUUGUGGAUCGUCCUUACAGAGAGCUCAAAAUCAUAUCCCUUACGCACAAAACAGUUUCCAAUCUCAUCCUUCUAAUGGCCCUUCCGAUCCUGCCGGCGGCGGCAUCCCUGCUUUCUCCGAGUUCUCCUUCGCCGACCUCAAGGCUGCUACCAAUAACUUCAGCUCCGAUUACAUCGUCUCCGAGAGCGGCGAGAAAGCCCCUAAUGUCGUUUACAAAGGUCGCCUUCAAAAUCAGAACAACCGCCGUUGGAUCGCGGUUAAGAAGUUCACUAAGUUGGCUUGGCCCGACCCCAAGCAGUUCGCUGAGGAAGCAUCUGGGGUCGGUAAAUUGAGGCAUAAAAGAUUGGCUAAUCUUAUUGGGUAUUGCUGUGAAGGCGAUGAGAGGCUUCUUGUUGCGGAGUUUAUGCCCAAUGACACCCUCGCCAAGCAUCUCUUCCACUGGGAGAAUCAAACCAUAGAAUGGGCUAUGAGAUUAAGAGUUGCUUUAUAUAUUGCUGAGGCAUUAGAUUAUUGUAGCUCUCUGGAACUUCCAUUAUACCACGACUUGAAUGCAUAUAGAGUACUAUUUGAUGAGAAUGGUGACCCUCGACUUUCUUGUUUUGGGUUGAUGAAAAACAGCAGGGAUGGUAAAAGUUAUAGCACCAAUCUUGCGUAUACUCCACCUGAAUAUUUAAGAAAUGGGAGAGUGACUGCAGAAAGUGUCAUUUUUAGCUUUGGAACUGUCCUUUUGGAUCUACUAAGUGGGAAGCACAUCCCUCCUAGUCAUGCACUCGAUAUGAUACGAGGCAAAAAUAUUCUUCUCUUAAUGGAUUCACAUUUGGAGGGUAAGUUUUCAACUGCAGAGGCAACUGUGGUUUUUGAUCUUGCUUCACAAUGUUUACAAUAUGAGCCUCGAGAUCGACCAAAUACGAAGGGUCUUGUUGCAGCCCUUGCCCCGUUACAGAAUAAGUCGGAUGUUCCAUCUUAUGUGAUGCUAGGAAUUCCAAAGCACGAGGAAGCUUCUCCAACUCCACAACAUCCUCUCACUCCAAUGGGCGAUGCUUGUUCCAGAAUGGAUCUCACUGCUAUCCAUCAGAUAUUGGUAAUGACACACUACAAAGAUGAUGAAGGAUCAAAUGAGUUGUCUUUCCAAGAAUGGACUCAACAAAUGAGAGACAUGUUGGAGGCUAGGAAGCGAGGGGACUUGGCAUUUCAUGACAAAGAUUUUAAAAUAGCUAUUGACUGUUAUUCUCAGUUCAUAGAUGUUGGCACCAUGGUUUCUCCCACUGUUUACGCACGAAGAAGUCUGUGUUAUCUUCUUUCCGACCAACCAGAUGCUGCUCUUCGAGAUGCCAUGCAAGCGCAAUGUGUUUAUCCCGAUUGGUCCACGUCAUUUUACAUGCAGGCUGUUGCACUAGCCAAGCUAGAUAUGCACAAGGACGCAGCUGACAUGUUGAACGAGGCUGCUGCAUUGGAAGAGAAAAGGCAAAAAGGUGGACGGGGAUCUUGAGAACCAACCCCUGUAAGUGCCCUUCCUGCAUUGUUCCUAGUUGUUCUUGUUGUUCAUAGUUUUGAAACAGGAACAUAAAACGGAAAUUUACUAAAUCUUCUCAUGAAAUCGAACCUGUAACAUAGUGAGGAACUUGUGUCUUCUUCAUAAUGGUGUUUUUUUCACCUUGAAAAUUGGGAAAUAAUUUAUUGGUUCUAUCCAUGUAUAAGCUUAAUACAACAUAUUUAGAUUCUUGAGUGGGCUAA